AUGCAAAAGGGAGGCAAUAAGGGGGUGCCAGGGCGCCAUGGAGGUGGCACCGUAGCACCCAAUGACGGAUUGCCAACAGAAGGGCCGGAGCCCCAACGCCGGCCACCGGGCCUCGGAGCACUGGCUAGGUUCUUUAAGGAAUACCCACAUCCAGAUGAGAAUCAGAGGAAACAAUUGAGCAGGGAACUAGCACUCAACACCAAUCAGAUUAAGUUUUGGUUUCAAAAUAAAAGAACUCAGACAAAGACUCAACAUGAAAGAGCAGACAAUAGCACCCUUCGAUCUGAAAAUGAAAGAUUGCAUUGUGAGAAUUUAGCAAUGAAAGAGGCACUGAAUAAAAUCAUCUGCCCGACUUGUGAUGGUCCACCUCUCGACAAAGAAGAGAGGCAACGAAAUCUACAGAAAUUGAGAAUGGAAAAUGCCAUAUUGAAAGAAGAGCAUGAACAAGUGCUUAACUCAUAUUCUAGCUUCAUGGGACAAUCACCAACUUCUUUGCAAACGUCAUCUCUUGGUAUUGGAUCUUCAUUCAGUGAUACCAGAAAACAAUUUUUUGGUCAAGGGACGGGAGGCCCACCUCUUGAUCCUGAACAAAUUCCAAGGAUGGAAAUACAGGAGAUGGAGAAGUCUAUCAUUAUUGAAACAGCUGCUGCUGCCAUGGAUGAAUUGGAGAAACUUCUACAAAUGAAAGAACCUGUGUGGAUCAAGUCUCCAACAGAUGGGAGAUAUUUUCUUCAUCGAGAUAGCUAUGACAAGCUUUUUCCCAAGGCAAAUCAUUUUCAAGCCUCUAGUGCCCGGGUUGAAUCAUCCAAAGAUUCAGGUGUCGUGGCAAUGGCUACGUCAAACUUGAUUGAGAUGCUUCUUGAUUCAAAUAAAUGGAGAGACAUGUUUCCUACUAUGGUCACUAAUGCUAGGACCAUAGAAGUGCUUGAUUCAGGAAGUUACGCUGCAUCUUUGUAUUUGAUGUAUGAAAAAUUGCACAUCCUAUCACCUCUUGUGGCACCCCGAGAAUUCUUUUUCAUUCGCUAUUGUCGACAAGUUAAUUCAAACAUGUGGAUAAUGGCCGAUGUAUCCUAUGAUUUCACCAAAGAGCUUCGAGAUGCUUCCUCUUCCCCGUCUUGGAAACUUCCAUCGGGAUGUAUGAUAGAGGAUAUGUCAAAUGGAACAUCAACUGUUACAUGGAUCGAACAUGUUCAAGUGUAUGAUAAAUUGUUAACUCAUCGUCUCUAUAGAGAAUUAAUAUGCGGUUGUCAAGCAUAUGGAGCCAAAAGGUGGAUUGCUAGUCUUCAAAGGAUGUGUGAGAGAUUUUCAUUCUCAAUGGGGCUAACUAAUAGACCUACACACGAACUUGAAGAAGGCAAACAUUUGCUCUUGUUCAGCGUGAUAGACUCAGCUGAAGGCCGGAGAAAUUUAAUGCAACUUUCUCACAGAAUGAUCAAGAUGUUCUCUGAAAUAUUGAGCAUGUCAAGCAAUCUAGCUUUUCCCCCCACAUCAGAAUGGAACAACAGUGGAACUCGAGUCUCUCUUAGACAAAGCAAUGGUCUAGGCCAACCGAAUGGCUUGAUCGUUGGCGCAGCCACCUCUCUGUGGCUUCCCCUCUCACCUGAGAAUCUCUUUAACUUCUUCAAAGAUGAUAAAAAAAGAGCAGAGUGGGACGUUUUAUCCAACGGAAGUCCUGUUAGUGAGAUUGCACACAUCUCAACUGGAACACAUCCUGGAAAUUGUAUCUCUAUCAUCCAGCCAUAUGCACCCAAGGAAAACAAGAUGCUGAUGCUCCAAGAAAGUAGCAUUGACUCCCUAGGAGCAAUUAUAAUCUAUGCUCCAUUAGAGUUACAAUCCAUCACCUCGGCUGUGAAUGGUGAAGACACUACGAUAAUUCCUAUACUUCCAUCUGGAUAUAUAAUCUCUAGUGAUGGCCGCCUUGAUCAUAAGGGAAUUGGAGCGUCAAGCAGUUCGAACAUGAGUAACUCCAGUGGUUCACUCUUGACAAUUGCUUUUCAAAUACUAGUGUGUUACAACGCACUUUCAGAGCAACAACAAAUGGAGUCAGUGGCCACUGUGCACUCUCUUAUAAGCUCCACAGUUCAAAAAAUUAAAGUAGCUCUUAAAUUCUCCGAGUUGGAUUGA